GUAAUGUGAUUUUGCCAACGUAAUUUCUUUGGGUCUUCUCCUCAUCAUCGCUUUCCUUUUUUAUUUUUUUUUUCUUUCUUUCUUUCUCAGCCUAAAACCUCAUCGAAACCCCACUGUUAUGAACGGUGGCGGAGGGAACGCGCCACCGAUGCAGCCGGUGGAGGAUGGUGGCGAAUUUCUUCUCUCUUUGCUUCAAAGAAGUAACCACCAAACGCAAACACCACCACAACAACAACCUCAAUUCCCUGUUCCAAUUCCAAAUACACCCUCACAUCAGCAGCAACAGCAACAGCUCGCUGUAGAUCCUGCUGUUGCAGCAGUGGGUCCUAGCAUUCCAUUCGCGACGUCAAUUUGGCAAUCGAACGGACAUGAUAUUCUUUCACCUCCUCCUGCUUGGCCCUACAAUCUGUCACCUCCUAAUUUGGUUCCUGGUUUGCUUGGUUUCCCGCAAAACCACCCUUGGCAAGGCAGCCAAUUUCAAGGUAGUGACCAGCGUGGAUUCUUAGGUGAUGAUCUUCAAAGAUUAGGGUUGUCAAGUGGUAAUACUAGAAUUCGUAAUCUGGUACAGCAAAAGCAGCAACUUGAGCAGAAGUUACAGUUUGGUUCCUUUCGCAGUGAUAUCCAACCACCUGAGGGUUUAUUAAAUUUAAAUUCAAAGCUCAACGCAGCGAAGGAGCUUGGAGUAGAUUUGGGGAUUAGAAACUUAAAUGGAAUGGAGAGGAAUCUCCAUUUCGAACCACAGCUGAUGUCGAAUUUAAGAACUUCAGAUUUGCGCGAGCAGGAUCAAAGAGGAGGAUGGGGAAAGCAGCCCCAUGGAAGUAAUUAUAGGUCUCAGGAAACUCGAAUGCCUCCUCCAGGGUUUUCCAAUAAACCUAGAGGAGGAGGAAACAUGGAUCAUGUGAGUAGAAGGAGAGAGUUGGAUCACAAUGUGAACAAGGAAAAAGGAAAUCACAGUGAAUUGAGUAAGAGGAAUGCAUUUUUAAGUAGUGAAAGUAAGAGCUUAAGGGAUGGCAAUGGUUCCCGAGAUUUGGGGCUUACUAGACAACUUGAUCACCCUGGUCCACCUGCUGGGAGCAAUCUUCAUUCUGUUUCAGCACUGGACAUUGAAGAGUCUCUAUUGAACUUCAAUGCUGAAAUGGUUGAAGAUGGGAAGAAUGAUGGUCAUGACUUGGAUGAUGUUGGUGAAGAACUUGCUGAUACUUUAUUGCUUGAGGGUGAAUCUGAGGGCAAGAAUGACAAUAAGCAAAAUCGCCAUUCUCGUGAUAAGGAAUCUAGGUCAGAUAACAGGGGACAGCAGAUACUUAGCCAAAGGAUGAGAAUGCUUAAGAGGCAGAUGGAAUGUCGGAGAGACAUAGACAGGCUAAAUGUUUCUUUUCUUGCAAUUUAUGAGUCACUAAUACCCCCAGAGGAGGAGAAGUCAAAGCAGAAGCAAUUGUUGACAUUACUGGAGAAAUUAGUCAACAAGGAAUGGCCUGAGGCUCGGUUGUAUCUAUAUGGUUCAUGUGCCAAUUCGUUUGGGGUUCGGAAGAGUGAUAUUGAUGUUUGCCUUGCCAUUCAGGAUGCAGAUAUUAAUAAAUCUGAAGUGUUGUUGAAGUUGGCAGAUAUAUUGCAGUCGGAUAACCUCCAAAAUGUGCAGGCAUUAACACGGGCAAGGGUUCCCAUAGUAAAGCUUAUGGAUCCAGUGACUGGAAUCUCCUGUGACAUAUGCAUAAACAAUGUCUUGGCUGUUGUAAAUACAAAGCUUCUUUGGGAUUACUCACAAAUAGAUGUGAGACUGAGGCAGCUGGCUUUCAUAGUGAAACAUUGGGCAAAAUCAAGAGGAGUUAAUGCAACUUAUCAAGGAACCUUAUCUAGCUACGCGUAUGUCUUAAUGUGCAUUCAUUUUCUACAGCAACGUAGACCUGCUGUUCUUCCGUGCUUACAGGAAAUGGACACAACAUACUCUGUCACUGUAGAUGACAUUGAAUGUGCUUACUUUGAUCAAGUGGAAAAACUUCAAGGUCUUGGAUCCCGCAACAAGGAAACAAUUGCUCAGCUGGUGUGGGCCUUCUUUAAUUACUGGGCAUAUCGUCAUGAUUAUGCAAAUGAUGUUAUAUCUGUUCGCAAAGGAACCAUAAUCAGUAAAUGGGAAAAGGACUGGACAAGGAGAAUUGGGAAUGAUCGUCAUUUGAUAUGCAUAGAAGACCCGUUUGAGAUAUCUCAUGACCUGGGUAGAGUAGUCGAUAAGUAUAGCAUAAAAGUUCUGAGGGAGGAGUUUGAACGUGCUGCAAAUAUCAUGCAGUAUGAUCCAAAUCCGUGUGUAAAGCUUUUUGAACCUUAUGUUCCUAGUUGAAUUAUAUUUGCUUCAAUUGCAUUUAGAUAUAAUAAUUAAUUAUGGUAAGUUAAAACUCAACUUGUAAAUGCCCUUUUGUCAUCUUUUGUGUCUUCAUAUUUUUUUUGUUUAUACGCUGUGCUGAUAUUAUGUAAUCUAGUAGAGGUUGGUGGGCUUCAAAUCACAUCUCCCAUUGCAUAAUGACUUCUGGCCUUCUGAGAA